AUGUGGUCAAACGGCCGUGUACGACCCAAGUUGAUCGACCCGGGUAUCGCACCUGAAGCUAAUACAACAAUUUAUCAACUUAAUUUAAAAUUUUACAAUGCUAAACUCCGUGAAGAUAAAUCGAAGCUUGAAGAAGAAUUGAAUAAUAUUCGUCAAGAUAAUAUUAAAUUUCAAAAUGAUUUUAUUAAAUUUCAAGAAGAUAUUCCCAGGUCGGCGAUUAUACACACUUCGUAUACGGUUGUAAACGACGACCGUUUUUGCCUCCGUAAACGACACGGAGAUAUGCGAUCGUAA